UAAAAGUAGCAAGCCAUAGGAAUCGAAAGUAAAAGCGAUUUCAGAAGCUCGUUAACUCAAUGGAGAAAUCUCAAUCUCACGUAGUGAUCUUUCCAUUUCCACUGCAAGGCCACAUCAAACCCUUGCUAUGCUUAGCAGAGCUUCUCAGCCAUGCAGGCCUUCACGUCACCUUCGUCAACACCCGCCACAACCACAACCGCUUAGCGAACCUCCGUGCCCUCUCCGCCCACUUCCCCACCCUCCACUUCGAGUCCAUCUUGGACGGUCUCCCCGAUGACCACCCACGCACUUUGGGCAGCGAGUUGUUGAUCGCAUUGAAGACAUCAAUUAAGCCUCAUUUUAAGGAGCUGCUCCAGUCAUCCCUUAAGGCCAACGGUGUUGCGCUGCCGCCGCCAACAUGCAUUAUAACAGAUGGACUUGUGACUUUUGCCUUUGAUGUUGCAGAAGAGUUGGGGUUGCCCAUACUUAGUUUUGAUGUUGGUUGUGCUCCUUACAUGUGGACUUGUCUUUGUCUCCCCAACCUCAUCGAACAAGGCCAGCUUCCUUUCCCAGAUGAUGACAUGAAUGCGGAAAUCACCGGCGUCCCGGGAAUGGAAGGCCUUCUGCGACGUGUAGAUUUACCUGGUUUUUGCCGGGUAAAACAAUCGAGCCACCCGGCUCUCCAAUUCGCCAUCCACGAAACUCAGACACAAAAACGAGCUUCAGCUCUAAUCCUCGACACCAUUUACGAACUUGAUGCUCAGUGUCUAUCCCAUAUGGCAACCAUGUUCCCCAAAAUUUACACUCUCGGCCCUCUCCACUCUCUCCUACAUUCUCAAAUCGGCGACGUCUCGCGAUUAUUAGCAUCACACGGCGGUCUUGGGAAGGGGGAUCCAAAUUGCAUGACAUGGCUCGACUCUCAGCCAACCAAAUCGGUUCUUUAUGUCAGCUUCGGAACCCUAGUGACCUUGACACGUACCCAAAUCAUAGAGUUUUGGUACGGUCUGGUCAACAGUGGGCACCCGUUCUUGUGGGUUCUACAGUCCGACAUCACUUCGGGUUUAGGUGAAGACCCGAUUCCCAUCGAGCUUGAAAUUGGGACAAAAGAAAGAGGGUGCAUAGUGAAUUGGGUCUCGCAAGAGGAAGUCUUGGCUCACAAGUCAUUGGGUGGGUUCUUGACCCACAACGGAUGGAAUUCUACAGUAGAGAGCAUUGUAGCAGGAAUUCCUAUGAUUUGUUGGCCUUAUUUAGGGGAUCAGCACAUCACUAGCAGAAGUGUUUGUGAGAAGUGGAAGAUUGGUCUUCGAUUGAAAGAAAACUGUGACAGAAAGGACAUUGAAACCAUUAUAAGAAUGCUGCUGGAAUUUAAGAGGGGAGAGAUUCAGAGCUCAAUGGACACAAUUUCAAAAGUUGCUUGUGAUAGUGUUGCGAAAGGUGGAUCUUCAAACCACAACUUGGAGAUGCUAAUCCAAGACAUUAGGAAUAUGCCUACAAGACCACAGUGAGAGGGCUAGGGAUUAAACUGGUUCCACGUUAUUCCUUAUUGGGUAAUUUUAAUUUUUUUUUUCUCUUUUGUAUUAAGUUGUUGCUUUGUGAAUUUUGUGAUGCUUGUAAUUUUGUGAUUACCUAGCCAGACAGAUGACUAAGAAAUCACCAUUGUUAAUUUAUAAUUAUUUGUUUGUAAUUCAUUUGCCUGGCUGCAAUUAUCAAUAAAACUGGAAAGGA